AGCUUUAUUAUUGAAGCUGUAGAUCUCUGUGAAUUACUGAAGACAUUUAAAAUUGAGGUGUUUUUGACAAAUUUCGUGAACAGUUCGUAUCACGUGAUGCGUUGACAUUUGAAGCGUUUACACGACACUGGAAGAGAAGUGAAAGCUGGACACUUUAAACUGAAACCUGAAUACUUUUAAACCUUAUUUCUCUGCCGGACGUUUCCGUCGGAUUUUAGCUGGUAGCAUAAUAGCAACUGUAGAGUCACAUUCCGGUUCACGCAGGAAAUGAGCGUCCGCCUCCAGUGACGCUUGCCCGGCGAUCCCGGAAGUGUCUCGUCCUGUUUACAUUCUGCUCUUUGUUCGCUGCAAAAUGUCGAAAAAGCGGUCCGAGAGCCGCAGGCUGAAGGCCACCAUCGAGCAGCGGAUGGCGGCGGCCGCUCAGGAGAUCUUCCGGCUGCUGCAUGAACGCAGCCGAGCCGAGCUGCCGGAGCUACGGGAGCUGCUGGCGGAGCGGCUGUCGGCGGCCAUCGAGCUCAUCCUCAACGCGUUCGAAGCGAGCAGAGCGGCCGAGAGAGGCGCGGAGGAUCCCGGUGGGGAGCGCAAAGAGUUGUGUUUGUCAGUUGGCGUCACGAGUCUCUCUGACGAGAAACGUCUGAAGCCAAGCAACUCAAUAGACAACCAGCUGAAGGAGACUCUGCCUGGCACAUCCUCCAGACCACAGACCAUCUCUGAACUGGAUCGCCAGCUGGGCUCUCCAGGUGAUCUAACGGGAGACGAAGAACAAUGUGAGAACGACAAGCAGUUGGUGUCUCACCUUUGCAGAGUGUGUGGGAAGUCCUUCGACAGGAAAGGCUUUCUGAUGAAGCAUGUGGAGAAGCACUCGAAAGAGGCCGACUGUCUGUGUGGUCUGUGUGGUGAGCGUUUUGAGUCCAGUGAUGGUCUAAUGCUGCAUCUCCAGAUGCACCGUGACAGCACCAAGACAUGCGAUGUCUGCGGCAAGAAGUUUCCCUCAAUCCGAGCUCAGGAGAUGCACAUGAGGAUGCACACUGGAGAGAAACCUUUUAGCUGCGUUGUCUGUGGGAAAGGCUUCAAUCAGAAGGGCAACAUGGUAACCCACAUGAGAAUCCACACGGCAGAGAAGCCAUUCACCUGCAACAUCUGCCACAAAGAGUUCAGUCAAGGCAGCUCGCUUGAACGACACAUGAAAGCUCACGACGGACAGACACCGUUCAGCUGCAGCUUUUGCGGAAAAGAAUUUGCAAAGAGUGCUGAGCUGAGACGACAUAUCCGGUGCCAUGGAUCAGAUGAGCAAACGGCCAUCAGUAGUCGGCACAGAAAACCCAGCCUGACCCCUUCUCACUGCUGCAAGGUCUGCAGCAAUGCGUUUCACAACAAAGGAAACUUUGUGAGGCAUGCAGAGACGCAUCUAAACCACCCUGAUUGUCUCUGUGGCAUCUGUGGAGAGCAUGCAGAGUCCUCUGAGAGUUUGCAGCUGCACAUCCAGAGUCACAGAGAAACAAGCCGGAUCUGCGACAUUUGUGGCAUAAGCUUCAGAGACAUGGAGAUCCACAUGAGGACACACACGGGCCAGAAACCAUUCAGGUGCAAAGACUGCGGGAAGGACUUCCCCAGAAAGGGAUCGCUGGAGAGACACAUGAAGUUGCAUGCUGGUGAGCGGCCAUUCAUCUGCGAGUUCUGUGGGAAGACUUUCAUAGAAAACACAGUCCUAAAGAGGCACAUCAAGAGCCACAUGGGAGGGAAACCACGAAUAUACUCCUGUGAGGUCUGUGGCAAGAAGUUCACCAUGAGCCAACACCUGGAUGUUCACAAGAGGAUCCACACUGGGGAGAAGCCAUACACCUGUAGGGUGUGCGGGAAGAACUUCAGGCAGAUUGGAAACCUGGACUCUCACAUGAGGAUCCACACGGGUGAGAAGCCAUUUAUCUGUAGCCUCUGUGGGAAGAGGUUUCGCCAGAAAAUCUCACUGGAGACACACGAGAGGUUCCACAAGAAGGAGAAACCCUACAGCUGCCAGCUCUGCAAUAAGGGCUUCGUACAGAAGAUCGACCUGAAGAGACACAUGCUAACGCACACAGGGGAAAAACCCUACAGCUGCCAGGAGUGUGGGAAGAGGUACCAGGAGAAACGCUCAGUGGAGUCACACAUGAAGGUCCACAGGGGAGAGCAGCCUGUCAAAGACUGUCAAAGACAGGAAGUUCAGCCUGACUUCAUCCAGCUGUGAGCUGCAGACACAGCUCCUGUUAAGACCUCAGUUUGAGAAGCUGUUGCUUCAUGAACAUGUUGAAAUAUAUUUAUGUUCCCAUAUCUUCAGAGAUAAUAUAGACAGAGUGUCAGCUGGACAGAAUUGAAAUUACCAUAAAGAUCUGAGCUUCCUGUCAGACAGUGUGGCUGCUUCUAUGCAGAAAUAUUUGAGGUUUUUUUUAAAAAUUAAAACUACAACAGUCAAGUUUUUAGAUUCCAGUCUAUCACUUUUAAAUCAGCUGAAUGAAAUGUGUAAAACUCAGGACAAGGAAGCUUAACAAGAGACAGGCGGCCUAAAAGAAGUAUUCCUCAGGGGGCGGCACUUUCUGAUAGUCUAGGAACAGCAAGGGUGGAGGCUCAAAACCUUCGAGCUAAAACUUUGAAACAGAGUUCAUGCAUUAAGAAAUUAGUUAACAAUCUGUAAUUUUUACAAAUGAAAUAUUCUGGGAGCUCCACAGAUAGAAAUAGUUUCUAGUUUUCAGUGUUUUUAACAACUGAGUUUUUCUCAUAUUAUUUCUUGGUGUUUAUGGAGCAACAUAAUAAACAUAUAAGGAUGCUGGUAGACAGGUUGAUUGUCCACAGCUACAAAUCUUAAAAAUGAAAUAAAAAAGUCUAUUUUGAAUUUUAGGUUGUGUUUAAGUUUCAAGUGAAUACAGUACAUGAAUUAGGGCUGCCACGAUUAGUCGACUAGUCACGAUUACGUCGACUAUCAAAAUUGUCGACGACUAAUUUAAUAGUCGACGCGUCGUUUGAAGCUUUGUAAGAUCCCAAAAGAUGCGGGAACAAGUAGUAGGAUUUAAGAGUGUAAUAAUGGACUGAAACAGAAGAUGGCAGCACUGCAUGUACAAGGAUGCCAGCUGCCGUUAAACCCCGAAGAAGAAGCAGUGUCCGGUAUCGUAGCUGUGUCCAAAUUCAGGAACCGCAUCCUCCUGUGCCCGCAUUUGUAGGCUGAUUACGUUACAGCGACACGACGAAGACUGUCCAAAUUCAAAGACUCCGACAAAUGUGGCCGACAAAUGCGCCCUUCAUUUCCCCAGAUUUGAAGGAUGGGUCGGGUGUAUACUUUGUGGCCCAACCUAUCCCAGAAUUCAUAGCGCGGCUCUGCUCAGUUUCCAACAAUGGCGGCAGCUAGUUAGUUUUAAUAUUACUCUUAUUAUUCUUUUUGGGUCACAAAAUAAACUUUUAACAUAUUUUCAGGCGAGAAUGUAGCUGUGUAUACUUCAAAUAUCUGCUCAGUUUAUCAAGACACCACAUAUUUUCAAAAGCGCUCCGAGGUUUUCGGAGACGUCUGUUACCCACCAGCUCGAUAGCUAGCGGGGUUCAAGGCUCACUAGAGCCGGUGAGAACACCGGACUCCCGGCAAAUCGUUUUCAAACCCCACCGCUGUCUUUCGCUACUCAGGUUAAACAUGAUAUAUAAGUCACUUAGAUAACUUAAAAAUGUUAUUGUUUCGCUUUUUUCAGUAUUUUAUUUGUUCCUGAGUAAAUCGGUUUGGCUGAGAUUAAAGUUCUAGUUUUUACACAGCAGAAUAAACGUCAAUCAGACAACUGAUUAUCACAAGUGUGAGAUGCUCGAGAAUAUACUCCGGUGUCCUGUUAUAAUUUAGAUAGCAAGGAGCAGACGGCUGAGUUUAUUAAACUCCACCGAAACUAUUGCAAAUUUCAUUAAAAUUUAAAAAACUAUCAUCUUGUCUUUAUUUUUAGUUAGCACUUAAACACUUUAAGCUGUAAGCUAAUGAUAGUUAUAUAAGAGCAGAUGCAUGCUGGUGCAAUAAGCUGUAAGUUUUACGUUCAAUGGAUGCAUGAUCUGAUUAGUCGACUAAUCGCAAAAAUAAUCGGUGACUAGUCGACUAUCAAAAUAAUCGUUGUGGCAGCCCUAACAUGAAUACAUACAAGUAUGUAUUCAUGUACUGUUGUGACCUUUUUAUUCAUACAAAUAUUUCCUACCAUUAAUUUGAAUCUGCUUCUGUAACUGGUCGUAUUAUUUUUAGAUUUUUACAGGAAUUAUUCCAUUGGUGGAGUGAAUACAAUGGAAGGUUGUGGGAAAUAUGUGCAUGUUCGUGAACAUAAUGAGCAGAUUGUGUUAUUUUGCAGUGAACUGUAGCUAGCUGAGCUGAGCAGCUUCAGAGUGUGUUGUGAAGUCCAGAGGUUUGAACAGGCAGGCAGGCAUUGGGCAAACUCACUGCUAUUUAUAAAAUGUUUGUAGCCCAGUGACUGGAUUCAUACCUGACCAGGUGUCCCUUUCUACAUCCCACACAUUCAGACAGUGUUCCACAUUUUGAUUGUCCUGCAUUUUUUUUUUUUGUAUCUCACAGGUUCAGACAUGGCAAUGCUUUCGUCAUGCUAACUUAGAGGCUAGAAUGUCUUGUUGUAAGUCGCUACAAAGAAUUGGUAUGAAUAUGAUGGAAACUACCCAAAAGAAAAGAAACUGAACCAACAACAGAAGCUGACAAACUGCUUCUCCCUAGGAUGAAGCCAGUGGGAGGCACUGAGUCUUGUGAUUUUUUGUGCUAUUUUGCAGUUUCAUACAAGGAU